UGACAUAAUUGACAUAAUAAUAAUAAAAUACACAAAUAAUUCCUGAUUUUCUAAGUUUUUCAAUAUAUACAAUAAAAAGAAAAUUACACUGAAGUCACAAUGUUGAGUCCUGAAGGUGACCUAGCAAUUCAAAAUGAAGUUGAUACUAAACAGGCUGGAGAAACUUGCCCUAUCAAAACGAAGAAAGUAACUCCUGAAGACUCGACUGGCGCUAUUGGAUUCAGCAGCAGCUCUUUCAAAAACCCCAAGACCUGGAAGAAAUCUUUUGCCAAUUUCUUUCGACACCAGAUCCGUACAUCGCGGUCACAUUCGAGCGAAGGCGAUGGACCAACUGCUAACAAAGAGAAGUACGAAAACAAAGAAAUAAGCCCAGAACUUAAAUGGCAAUCAUUGGGAAAAGUGUUUCGUCGUCAAAGCCUUAUUGAACCUUGGAACAAAGCAUCCAAUCAGCAUGGGGGGGAAAGUUCUACUUCAAAUAAGCGUCUUGCCGUAAGAAAAGUGUUGUCUAGUUAUUUUGGAAAGUCUCAAUCCCCUAAUUCUGGCUUGGAUGAUAAAUAAAUGUUAUGAUUUCAAAAUAAUUUCGCAAUAACAUUUGGCUUACUUCAGUAAUCACUUGUGAUAAUUUCAGUGUGGCAUAUAGCAUAAUAAAAUAGAAUUGCUUCUUUUUAAUUUAAAUUUGGCGCCGAAUACGCCAAGCGAUAGUAGCGAAAUUUUACUAUUCAUUCGAAAUGUUAUUCUCACUUGAGUGAAAUUAAUUCAUUUUAAUUAAUAAAAUAAAAUCUGAGUUAAAA